UCAAACAAAAAAGUAAGAGAGAAUGAAGUCUUUCGCGGCAAAGGUUGAAGAAGGAGUGAAAGGGGAAGAUGGAAAGCCAUCCGUAGGUCCGGUGUACCGGAAUCUUUUGUCCGAGAAUGGUUUUCCUCCUUGUAAUUCAGAUAUUACCACUACUUGGGACAUUUUCAGUAAAUCAGUGGAUAAAUUCCCUGAUAAUAAGAUGCUUGGAUGGCGUCCAAUUGUCGAUGAGAAGGUUGGACCGUAUAUGUGGAAAACGUACAAAGAAGUAUACGAAGAAGUUCUGCAGAUUGGCUCUGCGCUACGAGCCGCCGGAGCUGAACCCCUGCUUGAUCCGGAAUGCAAAAGUGCAAAACGACUUAAAGCUAUAGUUUCCUUCACAAAUGUGAGCGAAGAAGAUAGCCUGAAGGCUUCAAAAAUUGGAGUGGAAGCAUACCCGUGGCUCGAUUUUCUUCUUAUGGGAAGAGAGAAGCCGGAAGAGACAAACCCGCCUAAGCCGUCUAACGUGUGCACCAUAAUGUACACGAGCGGCACUAGCGGUGAACCUAAAGGUGUGGUUUUGACACACGAAGCUGCCGCGACUUGCGUUAUUGGGAUUGAUCUCUGCAUGGACCAGUUUGAAGACAAGAUGACACCUAACGAUGUGUAUAUCUCGUUCUUGCCGUUGGCCCAUAUUCUUGACCGUGCGAAUGAGGAAUACUUCUUUCGAAAUGGCGCUUCUGUUGGCUAUUACCAUGGAGAUUUGAAUGCAUUACACGAUGAUAUUCAAGAACUCAAACCUACUUUUAUAGCUGGAGUUCCAAGAGUCUUCGAGAGGAUCUAUGAAGGGAUCCAGAAGGCUCUUCAGGAGCUUAACCCAAGAAGGAGACUCAUCUUCAAUGCUCUUUAUAAAUAUAAACUUGCGUGGAUGAAUCAUGGGUACUCUCACAGUAAAGCUUCGCCAAUGGCUGACUUCAUUGCUUUCAGAAAGAUAAGAAAUCAAUUAGGCGGUCGAGUCCGGUUACUAGUAUCUGGUGGAGCACCACUGAGUCCUGAGAUCGAAGAGUUCUUGAGAGUUACUUCUUGUUGCUUUGUCAUCCAAGGCUAUGGUCUAACAGAGACACUUGGAGGAACGACAUUAGGCUAUCCGGACGAGAUGUGUAUGCUAGGGACGGUUGGUAUUCCGGCAGUUUACAAUGAGAUAAGACUUGAAGAGGUGCCAGAAAUGGGCUAUGACCCACUAGGUGAAACUCCAGCAGGCGAGAUCUGUAUAAGAGGAAAGUGUUUGUUUUCUGGGUAUUACAAGAACCCUGAACUCACUAACGAAGUCAUGAAAGAUGGAUGGUUCCAUACAGGAGAUAUAGGUGAGAUUCUUCCAAACGGAGUACUCAGAAUCAUUGACCGUAAGAAGAAUCUGAUCAAACUCUCUCAAGGAGAAUAUGUUGCUCUCGAGCAUUUGGAAAGCAUCUACGGACAAAACCCUGUUGUCCAGGAUAUAUGGGUUUAUGGAGACAGCUUAAAAUCUAUGCUUGUAGCCGUGAUUGUUCCAAAUCCAGAAGCCUUGAACCGGUGGGCUAAAGACGUGGGAUUUACUAAACCAUUCGAAGAACUAUGUUCUCUCUCGGAGCUACAAGAACACAUCCUCUCAGAACUGAAGUCCACGGCAGAGAAGAACAAGCUAAGCAAGUUUGAGUACAUUAAAGCGGUGACGGUGGAGACAAAACCUUUCGACAUUGAUAGAGGCUUAGUGACUGCGACGCUCAAGAACCAGAGGAAAAAUCUUCUCAAAUUCUAUCAGGUAGAGAUCGAAGAAAUGUACCGAAAAUUGGCGUCAAAGAGGAGCUGACGUUGUUCCGAUAUAUGUGUGCUACUAAUAAAUAAUUACGAUACAUUUUUUUUUUUUGAAACACAAAUAAUUACGAUAUAUAUAACCAAAAAACAACCACUAUAUAUGCUUUCCUUAAAUUCUUAUUUUAUGUUGUAUGGCCAUAUAUAUACACCAUAACUGUUAGUUUUUUUCUAAGUAAAAAUAAAGUCUAUGACUCUAGAUAUUUAUUUUCGUGGAUACUUUACUUGUUCUGAU